GUUGAAGCGCAAGGGCGCUGGAACGGGAAGGAAGCAGGCUAAGAAAGCUAAGGAUCCUAACAAGCCUAAGAGGCCUCCCAGCGCUUUCUUCGUUUUCAUGUCUGAGUUCAGAGAACAGUACAAGAAGGAGCACCCAAACAACAAAUCCGUUGCAGUUGUUGGCAAGGCUGGUGGUGACAGGUGGAAAUCAAUGUCUGAUGCUGAUAAAGCUCCCUACCAGGCUAAGGCAGAGAAAAAGAAAGAGGAGUAUGAAAGGACUAUGCAAGCCUACAACAAAAAACAGGAGAGUAAGGGUGCUUCUGAGGAAGAUGAAUCUGACAAGUCAAAGUCUGAAGUAAAUGAUGAUGAUGAUGAUGAGGAUGAUGAUGAUGAUGAGUGAAUUUGCUUGGUAACACGGGAAGCUUAACAUGGAAAUGGGAGAAGCAUUUUCGGAUAAUUAGGGUUCUAUUUAGUAUUCGAUAGGAUUCUUACCCAAUUCCAAUAUCUUGCUUAUUAUUAGCUUUUUAAUUCUUGUUAUGUUCUCUCUUUAGGUUUAGAUUAGUGAAUGAUGUUAAUUAGGGUUAAUAGUAUCAUGAUUAUGUACUUAUAGUUAACCUCUCUAGUAUCUUCAAUCACAUACUUGGUUUCUCUAUUAUACUUUUUCUCUUGCCGAUCAAUUUUCU